AUGACAGCGCAAGAAGAAGUGUUGAUAAAGGAAACACCACCACCAACACCACCACCACCACCAUCACCGCCACCACCAUCACCACCACAGUGGAGGUUGUUUUUAAUAGAUAUACCAGAGUUUGACUGGAAAAUCUAUAGAAAUUCAGAGAGGACGGACCCAAGACUGUGGAUUAUUCAAACUCAAACUAAAAAAUUUAUCUCUAAAAUGUCAAGACAAAGGAAGUUCUUGGAAGAAAUAAAUAAUAUAAGCGAGCUGUUGUCUGAAAUCGAUGAAGAAGAUAAGUCUGAGAAUGAAGACGGUAUAUUUGAGAAUGAUAAUGAUCUAUCGGACACUGACUUUGAGCUAUUCGACACGGAUAAUCAGGAAGAGAACAUUGUGAAUACGCGUAGGCGACAAAAAAGAAUGAGAUUCUUAUCUAGCUCCGAAGACGAAUGUGAAGAGAACGAUCAGAAUAGUGAAACUUCAAUUGAUGGAACUGUUUGA